CGCGCCAACAACCCCAGAUACGAAUAUGCCGCCACCAGUCCUUGGGCUGGUUCGAUGUGGGAUGAUAUUUCUCCUAUGUCUACUUCUCCAUCCAUGCACAUGCUACUGGAUAUCAAGGAAUCCCUACGCUGGUGUCAAGUACGAUCUCAGUGGCGGAGACGUGGACCGGUCGCCUGCAUUUGAUCCGACGUUCGACCUCCACCGCAAACACAUCUUGUUCAUAUCGGUAGGAAUCCGAGGCCACACGACGCCGUUGCUUCGAAUAGCAGAAGACAUGGUGCGGCGGGGAUGCAACGUGAGUUUCGCCACGCACGAUUCCGGCAAAGAAUGGGUCCAGCGCACAGGGGCGCGGUUUGUUUCGGCCGGGGCGUUCCCCAUCUCUGCCGAAGUCCUUAGGGACAAGCUGCAAGCGAUCACGCGUGACGCGUCCAACUUCCGCGGCAUCCUCAACAUGUUCAAUGACAUCUACAUCCCAACGGCACAGCCUAUGUUCGACGCGCUCUUCCCCGUCGUGUCCCUGGACCCUCCCAACCUCGUCGUGGUCGACAUUGCGACCAUUGGCGGCCACGACCUCGUGCACAAACUGGGUCUUCCGUACUUGGUCAACUCGCCGUCCAUCUUGUUCGACAUUGGCGGCACUCCGUCGUACGUACCGGCAUGGGGCACUGGCUUCUCGAUCCACAUGAGUCUCUGGAAUCGGUGCAUGAACUUGCUCUUCCCGCGGCUCUUGUCGGUCGCGCUCACGCCUCCCUUCAUGCAGAUCAACAAAGCGCGAUGGGAGCUGCAAUUGACGCCGUAUCGGUCCCAACACGACAUGUUUAAAGGCGCGCGGGUGCUCGUCAACACGGCCGUGGGGCUAGAGUACCCUCGGCCGCUGUCCCCCCUCGUGGAACUGGUCGGCCCCAUCAUCCCCCUCGACGCGUUCAACGAGUCCGCGUCCGAUGCCGCGUUGCCGCCCCUGGUCACGCAGUGGAUGGUCGGCGACGACGGGCUCCACGGGGUCAUCUACGUGUGCUUGGGGUCACUCUCGUACAUUGACGCGUGGCAGGCGCAGGCCAUCGUGGAAGGGCUGUCCAACCCGAAUGACCCAGUCUAUCGCGUGCUGUGGACGUUGCCCAACGACCAGCGCGGCGCACUGCCCCAGGCGUUGCCGCCCACAUUCCGGAUCAAGGUCAUGAGCUCGACGUUUCCGCACCUGCGGCUGCUCGCGCAUUCAUCCGUGAAGCUUGGUACGAACGAUGAUGCUGGGCUGUAUCGCAUGUGUUUUGGAGGGGGGGGUCUCGAUGACUGUUGGACUCACUCGUAUGUGUGUGUAGUGAUCUCGCACUGCGGUAUGGUCUCGGCCCAGGAAGCGCUGGUGUUUGGCAAGCCCAUCUUGUGCCUACCUUUCCUCGUGGACCAGCCGGACGUCGCCGCCCGCGUUGUUGAUGCCGGCGCAGGCCUCGUCCUGGACAAGACGCACUUCACCGCAGAAGAAGUGCGGCAGAAAGCGCUUGUGCUGCUGCGCAAUGCGUCGUACGCGCGCAACGCCGCAAGGGUCGGCGCCGCGCUGCGAAGUGCCGGCGGCAUCGAACGGGUCACCGACAUCAUUGCGUCUACUCUUCAGUUUGGCACCCACCACUUGACGCCAGUGGACCUCAAGUUGCCGUGGCACAAAGUCGUGAUGCUCGACGUAUGGGCGGUGUACGCCGCGCUAUUUUGUUCGAGCGUUGUGUUCAUGCGUAUCGUGGGGAUUCUAAUCAUGCAGGGGUUGUAUGCACUUGCACGCGUGUGCACCGAUGUGUGUGGUGGUGCCCUUGGCGGAACACAAGCUGAUGCAAUUCCACCAUCCAGUGGCGACGCCGCCGCGCCGGUGGUGUCGUCGUCCACGGACGCGCCGCCGCUAGGAAAGGAGAGCGACGCGAGUAGUGCGUCAAAUGUAAAGUAGAUCCUCCUUCCAAGCAGCCCCCGUGCGUCUGUGCGUGCAUGUGCACGCCGUGGCGCCGUCUGAUGUCAGAGGUCGAGUUUUGAAAAUGCGUCCUUUUUUUUCCGUGGCAAAAAUAUAUACAGAAAACGCAGGUAUAAAUUCAGAUAGGGACACGUCGCAACGGUUGGGACGGAUCUCUCAUGCGAU